ACCUAGACACACCUACACAACAAAGAUACCCAUAUAUCCUGUAACACACCCACACACCCACACAGUGGGUCCCAUGGACGUCCAGGUCUCCUCGACUCCUAGCCUGGAGUCGGUGUCCCAGUCCAACCCCCUGGUGAGCCCUGGGGGCAGCUACCGCCCUGACGGCUGUCUGGCCCAGCAGCGCGUGGCCGUGGUGAUUCCGUUCCGAGCUCGGGAGCGCCACCUAGCGUUGCUACUCAAGCAGCUGCACCCCAUGCUCCAGAGACAGCAGGCGCACUACUCGGUCUACGUGGUCACCCAGGCUGGUAACGGGAUAUUCAACCGCGCCAAGCUGAUGAACGUGGGCUACGUGGAGGCGCUCAGAGACGCACCCUUCGACUGCUUCAUCUUCUCUGACGUCGACCUCAUCCCCCUGGAUGACCGCAACCUCUACCGAUGCGGGGAGCAGCCGCAACACCUCACAGUGGCCGUAGACAAGUUCGAUUUCAGGCUGCCGUACCUGCAGUCCUUCGGAGGGGUCUCUGCCCUGUCCAGGGCCCAGUUCAAGACAAUCAACGGCUUCUCGAAUCUCUACUGGGGCUGGGGAGGGGAGGAUGAUGACUUCUUUAGACGGACAGUGGCGAGUGGCAUGCACGUCGCCCGGCCCAGAGCGGGGAUCGGGAGGUACACGAUGGUCAAACACAAGGCCGAUGCACACAACGAGCCCAACCCCCAACGGUUUAACCUGAUCCGGCGGGCGGUUUUACGGAUGAAGUGGGACGGGCUGAAUUCUUUGCACUACUUGCUGGUGAAACGGACGAUGAGCCCCCUCUACACCAACCUCACCGUGAACAUCGGCGGGCCGCAGGGAAGCCGGCUUUGAAACAAUCCCCCAGGUCGUGCUUCCCACCCAGUCAAGCAUCUUAACGACGCUGUACCGACGUGUUCCUUGAUUAUUGUCCAUUAACCAACGUUCUAACGACACACGCUCUUGCGUGAGACUUCACCGAGCAGCUGGUUUGGAAUGUUGAGGCCGGAAUUUGAGAAUGGCCAUCGUUGGUCACAGGACGUGAGACGAUGUUCGUUAUCGAUCAGUCACUAAGCACGAGUUCAUUGGUCAACGCGUCUGAGGGCUAAGAACAUUUCACGCAAAGAACAACAGCAACUUGUUACAGAAAAAAAACUCAUUUACAAUCCAAUUGUGGAUCUGCAGGGAACAGGUUUCUUGGACUUCACAUUGUCAAAUGGUUAUUUGAGCAUGGAGCUGGUGAUUAGUCGAAACUAUCCUUCAAAGACAUUGUAGUAGCUCCAAAGUGGGUUCGUGUGUAUGUGUUUGUUCGCGAGUGGGGAACGGUGGUGCAUGGUUACUAUCCUGCUCGACGAACCCGGCAACACGAGUUUUAUUCCUGUUCACGGCCAACACCAGUGACAAUUAUCCGAGCUGAUCCUGGGCCUCAAAUAAAUUGACCGUCUUAAAUGAGUAACCUAUAUUAUAUGUAAGUAUUGCAACUUAGGAGACAAAGGUGGCCGGGCGGGGUGUUGGCCAACCGACCCCCUUGUUUGCCAUGCCGGACUUAAUAGGUGUUCAUUAACAUAGUAGAGCAAUCGAUAUCUCAAAACCGUUUAAUGAACUCUCUUGGAAUUCUCAUUCUGCUUCCUUCUUCUUGCAGUAGGGUCUGUACCAAACAGCUUUUCUAAGACCCAAUGAUGCCACUUCUCUCACAAUUUACUCCCGAGACCGCAUUUUGCUGCAAGCAGUCACCAUCAAGAGUUCGAUAUUUGAUCAUGAUCGUAGGGUUCCUAGGCAGUGCUUAUGGCGUGCGUGUGUUUUGGUGCAACUUGCUUUGUUGACUUGUACGGUAACGAGUUCAAUGCUACUUCACCACGCAAGUUAAAAUAAAACAUACACAUUUAAAGAUCCACAAUAUUGAAAAGACUGCUUGUAAAGUAUUUGUUUUAAUUACAUAAACUCAGAGGGAUUAAAACUUACCAGAAAAAAAAAAAACAGGGGCCUAAAACUAUCACUGGUGCUGCUGCCAUCCUGCUCAUCAGAAGUUCCUCCUCCUGGUGCCUCUGAGUCCUCUCCUCUCUCUCUACGCGAGCAAUGAGCUGCUCCUGUGUGAUGAUAACGCACGGGUUUACAUCAUCGUUAUUACCCAGCUGUCCUGAGCCCGUUUCUAAGUGGUAGUUGGUGUCGACUGGCCACGGGUUGUAGUUUAUGAAUCUUGAACUUCUUUCGCACCAUAUGUAGCCAAACGCGCUAAACGGAGGUGCGAGAGAA